AUGGCGCCCCUGACCGACCUGCUGAACGACCCCACCCAGCCCAACGACGAGGGCAUCACGGCGCUGCACAACGCCAUCUGCGGCGCCAACUACGGCAUCGUCGACUUCCUCAUCACCAGCGGGGCCAACGUCAACUCCCCCGACAGCCACGGCUGGACGCCGCUGCACUGCGCGGCCUCGUGCAACGACACGGGGGUGUGCGUGGCCCUGGUGCGCCACGGCGCCGCCAUCUUCGCCACCACCACCAGCGACGGCAGCCUGGCCGUGGAGAAGUGCGACCCCUACCGGGAGGGCUACACCGACUGCUACAACUACCUCACUG